AUGACAGAGAAAGAUGAAGGAAAACGUCUUCAAUUGAGUUUAGAUAAACUUGGUGAUUGGGAGAAAGAGAUGAGUCAAGUGGAAAGAGAAGCCGAGAUCUAUAGAAUCAAAAAGACACAACCAAUGUAUGCCAAAAGACGUUCUAUCUUGAAAGAAAUUCCAAAAUUCUGGUACAUAGUAUUAGCUGAAAAUGAUGAUUUUGCUGAUUAUAUUAGUCCUGAUGAUUUAAAGUACUUGGAGUAUAUUGAUGAUAUCUAUGUUUAUUAUCCCAUUGUCGAUGAUGAGGCAGGUCAUUUUAAGGAUUUCAAUAUAACUGUAACUUUUGGUAAGAAUCCUUAUAUUCCAGAACAAGAAAUAACGAAAAAGUUCAAAAUCGUAAUACAAGAGGACGGAGACGAACGCAUAGUGUCAGAAUCAGUUGAAGUCAAAUGGCCCCAUGAGUUGAGCAAAAUUAAUCCGUCCGUAAUUAAAGAAAAAUAUAAGGGCAAAGAUAAGAAGGACAUGUCUGCAAAGGACAAGAAAAACUAUAGGUUAGGAAUGAAAUCAUUCUUCUCGUGGUUCAAUUGGACUGGAGAAAAACCAGGUAAAGAGUUCAGAAAUGGAGAAGAUUUGGCCACUUUAUUAUCAGAGGACUUGUAUUUGAAUGCAUUAAAGUAUUAUAUUAUAGCAUUGUCACCGGAUGAAGAUGAUGAUGCAAAUGAUGAAGAAGACACAACUGAAGGUGAAGAAUUGGACUUGAGUGACGAUGAUGUAGAGGAAUCAGAGCUUCCUAAAAAGAGAACUUUGGAAGAAGAAGAAAAUGAACAUGCGACAAAAAAAUCCAAAUAA